UUACAAAACGUCACGAGUUACAGGACGGAACGGUCAUGGGAAGCUGAGAAAGAAUAACAGUAGUUAGCCAGCAACAACUGCAAUUCAUAAAAUAAUUCAGGGGCUGUUAGGGCGGCGAGCUACCGGAGGCCACCAUGGCCAACAUCACGAAGAAAGUUUCGUGGUCCAGCCGAGCCGAGGAGUCCGGGCCAGCCGGGGAAGGGACACCGCUGCUCAACGGCUCGGAGCAGCCCAGACAAUCCAGACAGCUGUCUGGAGGAGGCAGUAUAUUUCAGAUAGGCAGACUCAGCACGGUGGAUUUGGAGGAGGAGAUAACAUCAGAUGAGGACUCUCUCAGGGGGAGACCUAAAGAGAUCCCUCAUAAUGAGAAGCUGCUGUCGCUUAAGUUUGAGAGUCUGGACUAUGAUAACAUUGAGAACCAGCUGUUUCUGGAGGAGGAGAGGAGGAUGAGUUACAUGGGUUUCCGCUGUCUGGAGAUCAGCCGCUGGGUGGUCUGUGGUCUAAUCGGCUUUCUUACUGGGCUCAUUGCCUGUUUCAUAGACAUCGUGGUGGAGGAACUGGCUGGGAUAAAAUACCAAGUGGUCAAAGAAAACAUAGAGAAGUUUACAGAGGUGGGCGGCCUGUCCAUCUCUCUCAUCCUCUGGGCUGUCUUCAACUCUGCCUUUGUCAUGGUGGGAGCCAUCCUGGUUGCAUGUUUUGAGCCCAUAGCAGCAGGAAGUGGUAUUCCCCAGAUAAAAUGUUACCUAAAUGGAGUCAAAAUUCCCAGGGUGGUACGACUCAAGACGCUGUUGGUGAAAGUAUGCGGUGUCAUCUGCUCAGUGGUUGGUGGUCUUGCUGUCGGAAAGGAAGGGCCCAUGAUUCACUCUGGUGCUGUUGUAGCUGCAGGAGUCUCCCAGGGCAGGAGCACCUCUUUAAAGAGAGACUUCAAGAUCUUUGAAUACUUCCGGAGAGACACAGAAAAACGGGACUUUGUGUCUGCUGGAGCUGCUGCCGGAGUUUCAGCUGCUUUUGGAGCACCAGUCGGCGGCGUUCUUUUCUCUCUAGAGGAAGGAGCUUCUUUCUGGAACCAGAUGCUGACAUGGAGGAUAUUCUUUGCCUCCAUGAUCUCUACCUUCACCCUGAACUUCUUCCUCAGUAUCUAUCACAACAAACCAGGAGACCUUUCCAGCCCGGGUCUCAUCAACUUUGGACGCUUUGAGAAUGAUAGUGUAGCCUAUAACCUCUACGAGAUUCCCUUGUUCAUCGCUAUGGGAGCCAUAGGUGGAUUGCUGGGAGCUCUGUUCAACGUUCUCAACUACUGGCUGACCAUCUUCAGGAUCAGGUAUGUCCAUCGCCCUUGUUUGCAAGUGAUGGAGGCCAUGUUGGUUGCUGCAGUGACUGCGACAGUGUCAUUCACCAUGAUCUACUUCUCCAAUGACUGUCAGCCUCUGGGGCCAGAUCACAAUGAGGAGUACCCACUGCAGUUGUUCUGUGCAGAUGGGGAGUAUAACUCAAUGGCAACGGCCUUCUUCAACACUCCUGAGAAAAGUGUCCGUAGUCUCUUCCACAACCAGCCAGGGACAUACAAUCCCUUGACCCUGGGUGUGUUCACUCUCACUUAUUUCUUCCUGGCGUGUUGGACCUACGGCCUGGCGGUGUCUGCCGGAGUCUUCAUCCCAUCUCUGCUAAUAGGUGCCGCCUGGGGAAGAUUGUGUGGAAUACUGCUGGCAUCCAUCACCGGCAAUGACUCGACCUGGGCCAACCCUGGUAAAUAUGCCCUAAUUGGAGCUGCAGCUCAGUUAGGGGGCAUUGUGAGGAUGACUCUCAGUUUGACUGUCAUCAUGGUGGAAGCUACAGGAAAUGUCACAUACGGCCUUCCCAUCAUGCUUGUCCUCAUGACCGCCAAGAUAGUGGGAGACUACUUUGUAGAGGGUCUGUAUGAUAUCCACAUUAAGCUGCAGAGCGUUCCCUUCCUGCACUGGGAGGCUCCUGCUACCUCCCACUGGCUGACCGCCAGAGAGGUGAUGAGUUCUCCAGUCACUUGUUUGAACCAGAUAGAGAAGGUGGGAACCAUCGUGGACGUCCUUAGCAACACAUCUACAAAUCACAACGGCUUCCCAGUUGUCGCGCAGGUUGCUGGUAGUGACGAGCCAGCGAAGCUCUGCGGCCUCAUCCUUCGCUCUCAGCUCAUUGUUCUUCUCAAGCACAAGGUGUUUAUGGAGUUGGCCCGGUCCCGGCUGACCCAGAGGAAGCUCCAGCUGAAGGACUUCAGGGACGCCUAUCCCCGCUUCCCCCCGAUCCAGAGCAUCCACGUCUCACAGGACGAGAGGGAGUGUAUGAUGGACCUCACUGAAUUCAUGAACGCAACGCCUUACACUGUACCACAGGAAACAUCUCUGCCUCGUGUGUUUAAGCUGUUCAGAGCGCUGGGUCUCAGACACCUGGUGGUAGUGAAUGAUGAGAACAAGGUGGUUGGACUGGUGACCAGGAAAGACUUGGCCAGGUAUCACCUGGGUAAACACGGACUGGAGGAACUUCAGCUGGCUCAGACAUAGUGUACACACACACACACACAUCCAUAAACUAUGACCACCCGAUGCCUCGGAAGCUGUUUACCAGCAGCUAUGCAGCCCUGUGCAGGACGCCAUCCAGGGCCAAGAGGUCGCUGAUAUUUUUUGGUGCCAACAACAACAUAAGGAACCCCCAUAUACAGGCCUGGGUCAUUAACAAAGAACAUUUGAGUAAAUGACCCCUAAUGCACAAAUUCACUAAAUAAUCAGUAAAAGUUUUAGACUUAAGCUUUUGUUUUACAGCUGCUUUCCUGGGGCAUCAAAUAUGGUAGCACAGGGAUUUGCUCUGUUUCCUUAGUUUUUUUCUUUUCAUUGUCUGCAAAUACUAAAAUAAUGGACAAAAAAGAAGGAAAAGAAAACAUGUUUCUGUGUUUUACAGACCCAACUCAAGAUAUUUUCUGAAUGGGGUCAAAUAAAGUCAAAAUGACAGGAUCUUUGUGAGUUGGGAAAGAGGAAAGCCAGGUGAAAAGAAUCGGUUUGAUGCGUGUUAAAUGGGAAAACCCUCUGCUUUGUUUUGUUCACAGAAACAUCCAUGCAGGUCUCUCUGUUCUUAUUAUUCUGCCUCCUCAAACUGUUACUAGAACAAAUGUUACUUCCCUUAUGAAAUAAUGUUGUGGUAAUGCAGUGAUACAUUAUUAAUCAGUUAUAACAUUGAUUUAUUAUGUUUUUAAAUAAUUCGGAUGGAUGCUUUUGUCUCUUUGACCUAAACGCGACAUUUAAAGUGGUUUGCUUUGAAAAGCUUUUUUGAGUGAGUGUUCAUGUUCAAAAGUCUGUCUGUAGUUUUAACGACUUCACUGACUAUUUAAGGUCUUUAGGUAUUUUCCAGUAUUGUGUAUUUUUGCACUGAGCAAAUGCAGUUAUUUAUUGUUGAACACUUGUUUUAAUUUUAAGUGUGUGGUUUGGGUUUCACAAAUCCCAUAAUUUAAGACCGUGUGAAGAAGUGGAUUUUGAAGAAAGGAGAGGAGCCUUAAUGGGCCGCCUGAUUAUUUUAUAUCUUGUCUUUCUUGGCUGUAAGAGGCAUGAGGCCAUUUUAGCAAGAGACAUCUGUUAUUACUGUCAGCUUUACUGAGCAUAUAUUUGUACUUCUGUCUGUAAUAUAUGGACUUACACCAAAUUGUACGAACACCAAAUGUUUGCACUUUGACCUACUACUGAGAAAAAGUCUCCUUUUGUUGAGAAAUACCCGCAAGUGUCCCUCCUGAAGCUCUAUAUGAAUGUAAACCGAUAUUUACCAUGUACGUUCAGUUUAAACUAAUCAGUUUAUUCCUGCGUGGGGUACCACACAAAACACAGAUUCUCAAAUUAUUUUAUUUUGCCAAUAUGUAAAUCUAACAUUUCUUCAAAUAUCAGUGUUCGUUCUUUGUACACUAUAUUGGUUUUACUCUUUGAUUUGGCUCCUUUGUGGUCUUUGUUUUGUUGUACAGUUCUAGAUGUUAAAUUAUAGAUAAUGCUCUAUUUUAUAACCACUUGAUAAGCCUUUUGGGAAUUAAUAAAGUUGAAAUUUAUCUAUUA